UUCUUCCCAACCCUUCAGCUCCCUCCAGAUCUAUGAAAUCUCUCGGUGCCCUCUGAGCACGCCCAAUCCAAUCCUGUGUCACAAUCGCACGCUUUCUGAGGUUUUCCUCCUUAAGGGUGUGUGAGGCAACCGAUACGUCCUUAGGUAGUUAUGGUAAGAAAGCAGUAUUAAAAAACCCAAACACUAUCACGAUCAAAGGAUAGAACAGGAAUAUCAAAUCCUUUGUAAAAAGCAAUCACGCAGUGUCUCACGGCUCUUGAGAUAAGAAUGUGUAGUCUAAUUAUAGAGACGUCCCCUCCACCUCUUCCUCUCAAGGUUUUUCUGUCCUGCGUGUUUGGGUUUGAAUGUAAAGCACGAAGUGGAAGGAGGGGCUGGCUACAUUUGAAAAUGCUCUGGCUGCUGAGUUUAGAUCACAUUUGUUCCCGCCGACUGGGAUCGGAUUAAAUUACUGCAAAUUCAAAAAAAAAAAAAAAAAAUUCCCCCUUCCCCCCUUCCUCUUUUUUCUUUGCUGAGAGAGCCUCAGUCAAGCAAACCUCGCCGCUCCCCAGCCUGGUAGAAGUAGAGGGAGGGGGGGCAAAGGUAGACAGAACCAAUACCGAGAGUACCCGGGAAGCAGAGGGAGUUGGGGUGGGGGGAGACCCUGAAUAAAAAAGAAAGCAACAACUCUGUCUACUCUGAGCCAGAAAGAAAACCCGGCUAGAGCUGGUUUCUCUGUUUUCUUCUGAAUGACAAGCAAUUCCUGGCGCGCUGGAGCCAGUGGAUUAUUGUCGUGACCCAGCCUGUAGGGAAGCCCGGAGGGGGAAUCCUAUUCCAGGGAAACAAAACCAGAAAAACCAUCAGACCUUCGAAACAGGAACUUAACUGGGGGAAGGGGUAAGAGAGGGGUAAUUGAGGUUUGCGUCUUUUCCACCUUGGCCACCAGACUCUGGAGUAGAAGAGACAAGGAUUUGGGGUGGGGCCAACUAAUCUUUUCAUUACGCCCCUAUUGUCUCUUUUACUGGGGAGGGGGGUAGCCCAAGGGGAGGGGGAUCUGGAGGAGGAUAGGGUGCAUACGUGCUUAGCAGGAGGCUUCCCCGCUGGACGAGUGAAACGCAGGAGGAGCUGGAGGAGCUAGCCUGGGACUGGACAGCUCUGCGGCCAGGGGUUGGGGUGGGAGUCGAGGCCAAUAGGAAAGUGUCAGAGGCUGCUGGGUCCCACCCGGGCAGGGGGGAGGAGAAGGGGGAGGAGAAAAAGGAGGGGCGGGGAAAGCCUCGGCGGGCGACGGCGGCGGCAGCACUAACAGCAGCAGCUGGAACAAGACAAGGAGAAGGAUGCCGGCCGCGGCUGGGGACGGGCUCUUGAGCGAGCCGCCCGCGCCAGGCUCGGCUCUGGGAGGAGGAGACGGCGGCGGGGAAGACGCGAAACCUCCUCUGGCCUCGGCGGGAAGUUUCCUCCCGGCAUGGGUGAGCGCGGUAUCCAGGGAGCAGCUCCGCGACUUCCAGCACAACAAACGGGUCGGUAACUACCUCAUCGGUAGCAGAAAGCUGGGGGAAGGCUCCUUCGCCAAAGUGAGAGAGGGUCUACAUGUGCUGACUGGAGAAAAGGUGGCAGUGAAGAUUAUUGAUAAGAAGAGGGCCAAAAAGGACACUUAUGUCACAAAAAACCUAAGGCGAGAGGGGCAAAUCCAGCAAAUGAUCCGGCAUCCCAAUAUCACUCAACUACUUGAUAUCUUAGAGACAGAAAAUAGCUAUUACCUGGUCAUGGAGCUGUGUCCUGGUGGCAACCUGAUGCACAAAAUAUAUGAGAAGAAAAGACUGGAAGAGCACGAAACCCGUAGAUACAUCAGGCAACUUAUCUUAGCAGUAGAGCAUCUUCAUCGGGCAGGAGUGGUCCACAGAGACUUGAAGAUAGAAAAUUUGCUGCUAGAUGAAGACAACAAUAUCAAGCUGAUUGACUUUGGCUUGAGCAACUAUGCAGGCAUCUUGGGUUACUCAGAUCCUUUCAGUACCCAGUGUGGCAGCCCAGCUUAUGCAGCUCCAGAACUUCUUGCCAGGAAAAAAUAUGGUUCCAAAAUAGAUGUCUGGUCCAUAGGUGUGAAUAUGUUUGCUAUGUUAACUGGAACACUGCCUUUCACUGUGGAGCCCUUCAGUCUGAGAGCUUUAUACCAAAAGAUGGUGGAUAAAGAAAUGAAUCCCCUUCCUACUCAACUUUCUACUGCAGCCACAAAUUUCCUGCGGUCUCUACUAGAACCAGAUCCUGCAAAGAGACCAAACAUUCAGCAAGCUCUGGCAAAUCGUUGGCUUAAUGAGAAUUGUCCUGGGAAAGCUCCAUAUAACAUUACAUAUCCAAACAGAAUUCACCUAGAAGAUUUGAGCCAAAGUGUGGUACUUCACAUGACUGAAAAGCUUGGAUACAAAAAUAGCGACGUGAUCAACACUGUCUUGUCCAAUAGGGCCUGCCACAUCCUUGCUAUCUACUUCCUGCUGAACAAGAAACUUGAACGCUAUCUCUCAGGCCUCAGAAAGUCAAACAUUCAAGACAACAUUUUCUACAAGAACCAACUUUAUCAAAUAGAAAAAUACAGCAUGAAUAAGGAAUCUUAUGAGGACAAAAAGCUUAAAGAGCAAGAGAAGAAAGGGGAUUUUCUUCAUCGACCAUUUCCAAAAACAUUAGAUAAGAACUUGAGUUCAUACAAACAGCCAUCUGCUUGUCUCAUCACACAGAUGCAAAACACCAAAGCCAGAAAGGACCAGAAAACUACCAAACCUAGUUUCCUGGAAAAAGAUUCAUUUCGUGGCCUUAGCCCCUUCCAUGAAACUGCUAUAGGAGCCAAAACUGGGUGUAUUGCAUCCUGUUCCUUGGAAUAUCUUGAAAUUCAGCAUCCCAGGACCCCAAGAAUUAUGAAGAAGCAAGAGCUUCAUCAGCAAGAAUCUGCAAGCAUGGGGAUGCAGUCAAAAGAAGCUCAUUUAAUCCUAGAUGUUGUGCGAUCCUUUGAAUCUGUUGAUAGAGAGGACCAAAUAGAACUGCUCUCUCCAACUCAUCAUUAUAGGAUUUUGAGUUCACCAGUGAACAUUUUACGAAGAAACUCUAAUGAGAGGACAUUGUCCCCAGUCUUACCAUUGGGGAGCAUCUCCCCUAGCAAAGUUCCCACUCAUUCUAUUCCAGUCUCUUUUGCCUAUGAAGAAAAAAAUAGCCCUUCAAGGGAAGAGGGUAUGUGUUCUCCUCCAGCAGUUCCUCCUAAUGGCACUACACAUCCUCUGGGGAGUCCAAAUUGUGUGAAAAGUAGAGGCAGAUUUCCUAUGAUGGGAGUUGGACAAAUGUUGAGAAAGAGAAAUCAGACUAUUCAGUCUUCCACUGACAAGCCUUUGGAGGCCCGGCUGCCUCCACUACAUCAGAUUAAUCCAGGAAACAUUUCAUUUGAUACCAAUGACAAUGUGAAAGGCCAAUGUUAAUUUAGGUCAUCAGAAUUCUAGCAUCUCUUAGGAUUUGGAAGUUUCACCACAAAGGGAAAGUAUUGUUAUACAGCUCCAUAUAUCUGCCAGAGUGUUAUGUCUGAGGAAUCUUUUCUUUCACAGGCUUAUUUUAUGAUAUAAGAGAUAGAUAAGUUCUUCAUAUAUUUUGUGUUUAAAAAACGAAACACAACUUUAUAGCUGAAGUUCAUUAGUCUUUGAAGCCUGUACAGUGAAACCUAUUUCCCUGAAUGUCAGAAAAGUAUACAUAUUUAUGUGUAUACACACAUAUGUAUGUGCACAUACAUAUAUAUGUAUACACAUGUGUGUAUAUAUGUGUAAUAUAUAUUUGGUGGGAGUGGGGGGAAUUUGAUAUAAAUAAUUACCAAUUUAGAUCAUUCAAUCUUCUCUCUUCAUUACUGGGAUCCCUUUUGGGAAUAAGAAUUUUCGUGUGUUGACAGUCUAUGUGUGUGUCAAAUUAACCAGAUAUUGCUAGUUUUCUCCUUAAUUUUAUGUUAUGUAAACAAUGCCAACAUCUAUGUGUUUCUGAGUGGAAUCUUUUCAUUCUACUAUAUCCUAAUUAUGUGUAAAACAAUUAUAUCAAAAGAGCAUUCAGUUGGCAGAAAAGUUUGAUUCACAAAAGCUUUUGCAAUGGAGUGAAUCCAUUAAGAUAAUCAUGGCAUGCUCUAGUAAGAUAAGAACUAGUGUUCAUUGCUCCAGUUUAUUGAUAAAGACUAUCAAAAUUAAGAGAUACAGGCAACCCUGAUGCACUGUUGAGCCACAGACACAAGACAGAGCCAUCUCCCCAAAGGAGAAAGGGCUUUUGGACUGAGAACAAACUGAAUUUCAAGAAUUAAGAUGAAAAAGAAGACAGGAACUCUGCUCUCUGGAGCAAGGUUUUGCCAAGGUUUCUGUGACUGUUGUUUGGUCAGAGGUGUUUGAGCUUCCUCUCAUUUCUACUUGAAAUUAGUUAAUGGGCAAAUCAUUUCUCUUUCCUUUAAAUUUUUAAAAAAACAAAAUUAUUGUCAGCAAACAUAGACAAAGAACAGAAGAGGACUCUAUAUGUAACUGUAAACUUCUGUUUUUAUGAUUUUUGUUUUAAGUUGAACAUAAUAGUGGUAAAAAAAAAAAAUGCCCCAUUUGUGUCCUUUUUUGAAAUUUUAUCUGCUUUUAUGUGUAUUUUUUACUUUUCAUUGUUAGUCCAUUUUUUUUUUGCGUAUUCCUAUCUCUAUUCACUAUCACUAUUCACUGAUCUUCUCCCUAACUUAGCUUCCAAAAUAGCAAAUCAUUCUUUCACAAAGGAAAUUUUCAUUAUGAGAUACUGAACACAAAUGAAGUCAUUUGGUAAGUCAAAAAAUGAUUCUCUUAAGCUCAUGGUUUCAUUGGGAACUUUUAAAAGGUUAGUGGAGGUUAUCAUAGUCUUAGGAAUGGAAGAGAUUCUUAGCAGUCAUCUUAAAGAAGACGAAAUCAGUUGUAAGCCAUGCAAGAGUCUUCUCUUGGCUGGGCAACUGGGUGGUGCAAUAUGUAAUAAAUGAUCAGAAAGACUCUGAGUUCAAAUCUGGCCUUAACUCUUAAAGAGUUGUGUGACCCUGAUCGAGUCAUUUAACAUAUUUGUGUCUGUUUCCUCAGUUGUAAAAUGGGAAUAAAGAUCAUUGUGUUCCUCCUGGAAUUAUUGUGAGAUCAAACAAAAUUUGUAAAGUAUCUGGCAUACAGUCCAUUUUUUAGCCUA